AUGAAGGUCCAUCACGUUUCACAAAAUGGAGGGCUGUAUAAAAGGCCGUUUAAUGAAGCUUUUGAAGAAACGCCAAUGCUGGUCGCCGUGCUUACGUACGUGGGCUACGGGGUGCUCACGCUCUUCGGGUACCUCCGAGAUUUCCUGAGGCACUGGAGGAUUGAAAAGGGCCACCACGCGACCGAAAGAGAAGAACAAAAGGACUUUGUGUCAUUGUAUCAGGACUUCGAAAACUUCUAUACCAGGAACCUCUACAUGAGGAUCAGAGACAACUGGAACCGGCCCAUCUGUAGCGUGCCUGGGGCCAGAGUGGACAUCAUGGAGCGACAGUCUCAGGACUACAACUGGUCCUUCAGGUACACAGGGAAUAUAAUCAAAGGUGUUAUAAACAUGGGGUCCUACAACUAUCUUGGGUUUGCACAGAACACGGGAUCAUGUCAAGAAGCGGCCACUGAAGUCCUCGAGGAGUACGGUGUUGGAGUGUGCAGCACUCGGCAGGAAAUGGGAAACCUGGACAAACAUGAAGAACUGGAGAAGCUCGUGGCGAGUUUCUUGGGAGUAGAAGCUGCUAUGACAUACGGCAUGGGGUUUGCAACCAAUUCAAUGAACAUUCCUGCUCUUAUUGGCAAGGGCUGCCUGAUUCUCAGUGAUGAACUGAACCACGCAUCGCUCGUUCUAGGAGCAAGACUAUCCGGAGCAACCAUUCGAGUCUUCAAACAUAACAAUAUGCAGAGCCUAGAGAAGCUGCUGAAAGAUGCCAUCGUGUAUGGCCAGCCUCGGACGAGGAGGCCCUGGAAGAAAAUUCUCAUCCUCGUAGAAGGAAUAUAUAGCAUGGAGGGGUCUAUUGUUCGCCUCCCCGAAGUGAUUGCCCUGAAGAAGAAAUACAAAGCGUACUUGUAUCUAGACGAAGCGCACAGCAUUGGGGCCCUGGGCCCCAGAGGCCGGGGCGUGGUGGACUACUUUGGCCUGGACCCGGAAGAAGUGGACGUCAUGAUGGGGACAUUCACGAAGAGCUUUGGUGCUUCCGGAGGCUACAUUGGGGGCAAGAAGGAGCUGAUAGACUACCUGCGGACACACUCUCACAGCGCGGUGUACGCCACGGCACUGUCACCGCCUGUGGUGCAGCAGAUCAUCACCUCCAUGAAGUGCAUCAUGGGCCUGGAUGGCACCAGCCUGGGCAGAGACUGUGUGCAGCAGUUAGCAGAGAACACCAGGUACUUCCGGAGGCGCCUGAAGAAGAUGGGCUUCAUCAUCUACGGCAACGAAGACUCCCCGGUGGUGCCCCUGAUGCUCUACAUGCCGGCCAAAAUUGGCGCCUUUGGACGGGAGAUGUUGAAGCGGAACAUCGGUGUGGUUGUGGUGGGAUUUCCUGCGACCCCGAUCAUUGAGUCCAGAGCCAGGUUUUGCUUGUCGGCAGCUCACACCAAAGAAUUACUCGAUACUGCUUUGAAAGAGAUAGAUGAAGUUGGGGACCUACUGCAGCUGAAGUAUUCCCGGCAUCGGUUGGUGCCUCUCCUGGACAGGCCUUUUGACGAGACGACUUACGAAGAGACAGAAGACUGAGCCUUUCUGGUGCUCCCGGCGACAACCCUCCUCCCCUUGCCCAGGACAGCGUGUGGCCUUUCUGAGCCAGUCCCAGGAACCACACUUCAGGGGCCAGUGCGAGCGCAAAACAUUUCCUCAUCUACUGCAGGUGGCCUCCUCCACUCGAAAUGGUUUUUUGUAAAUAGUUUGGGGAAAAAAAAGAAACCGCUUCUCACCGUUCCUUUGCAGCAUCUCACCUUUCAAGAGAGAGGUGGCUUGUGUUUGUUUUUCCAUUAAAAGAAGUUUUAUUUUGUAA